AUGGGGCCGGAUCCGGGCUGGGCCGCGCUGGUGCUGCUCUUCGCCGCCUCGCUGCUCACCGUCGCGGCCUGGCUCCUUCAGUACUGGCGGUCCGCGGCCCUGCGGGCGCCGCGGCGGCGCGGGGCGGCGGCGGCGGAGGAGGCCGGGGCCCGGGCGCUGCUCGCCGCGCUGCUCGCCCUCCGGUCCCUGCGGGAACAGUGGCAGCGGGCCUGGGUGCGAGCCCUCAACAGCCAGGCGCGCCGGCACGGGAGUUCAGUGCAGAUCACAUUUGAAGAGGGUCCUCAGUUACCGCCGGCCGCAAACAUAAGUCGCGUGACGUGCAAGGGGCAGUCGGACCACAGCAUGGUGCUACACUGCCAUCUGUCAGCUGAAGCUGUGAAAUUCCCCGUCUCCGUUACUCAGCAGUCCCCAGUUGCUGUUUCUGUGGACACCUAUCAUGUCACUUUGGCUGUGCUGCAGGCUCAGGUGGAGAUCCACUUGGAGGAGAUACAGAACGAAGGUCUCCUGGUGUCGUGGACGUUCAAGGACAGACCAGACUUGAACCUUUCGGUUCUUCCGAGACUUCAACUUCGCGAGAAGAAUGAAGGGAGAGCGGAUCUGUCCACCAUAAAGGAUCUGAUCGAGGAUACCAUUGUCAGCACGCAGCCAGCCAUGAUGGUGAAUCUGAAGGCCUGCACCGCUGGAGCCGGUGCGGUACCCAGCAAUAAGUUGACUCGAGAGUCCCCGUCCAGAGUCGCAGCGGCCCCUCUGGGUUCUAAGCUGUUGCUCCGGAAUCUUCGAGUGCUGAACUUGGGCUGCCAGGGGAAGGGAGGAGUUGGGGAGAUACGCUGCGUGGCAGAGCUAGACAGCCCCCCGCAGCAGAAGCAGACGAGGCCGGCGGCGGCUGGCAGUGCCGGUGCCGCAGCAGAGAUGGAGUGGAACGAGGAGCUCUUCCUGGAGUUGGGACCUAGAAGUAAAGAGCUGAAGCUACAGGUGCUGGGGAACAGUGACGGAGGAGGAAACGUGCUGCUGGCACAUGCCACGCUUUUGCUUGAUUCUUUGGGCAAACAACCGUCUGGGAGACAGGCCUGCUCGCUGGCCCCGGGAGCUGGGCGGUCGCUGGCGGCUGAAGCUACCAUUAUAUUGGAGCUGCUAUUCCAGGAGUCUCCUGCAUCUCUGAACGCUCAGCAUGCCACGUCUCUGCGAAGUAGCAUCACCCCCACUAAGAAGGUGGAGAUGGACCGGACCAUCAUGCCCGACGGCACUAUCGUGACUACGGUCACCACGAUUCAGUCCCGGCCCAAGGCAGACUGCAAACUGGAUUCACCGUCGAGGUCGCCUUCCAAGGUGGAAGUGACUGAAAAGAAGACAACGGUGCUUUUGGAGAGCGGCUGCCCUCGCGGCCCCUUGCCCAGCGGUAGCCGGGAUAGCCAUAUGCCCAACGGCUUGGAUCCGGUGGCUGAGACGGCGAUCAGGCAGCUGACCGAGACGAACAACAAGCCCGCCAAGAAGACUCCAACAAAACGCAGCACGCUGAUCAUCUCAGGAGUUUCCAAGGUACCUAUCGCUCAAGAUGAAAUGGCACUUUCUCUGGGUUACGCUGCAUCCCUGGAGGCCACAGCGUACGGGGAUUCUGCGGCAGAGGGCGCAGCUGACCGGAUGCACGAUUCUACCGAAUCGUCACGGCUGCUGGAAUCGUCACCGUCGGGACAAAGGGCCAGUCAGGAGCUGGAUGAGACGACGCGAUCGGACAUCUCUGAGAGGCCAUCGGUGGAAGAUGUUGAGUCCGAAACCGGCUCCACGGGAGCCCUUGAGACCAGGAGCUUGAAAGAUCACAAAGUUAGCUUUCUUCGGAGCGGUACCAAGCUCAUCUUCCGGAGAAGGAGCAAGCAGAAGGAAGCGGGCCUGAGCCAGUCGCAUGAUGACUUGUCCAACAUCACCGCCAACUCCGCCGCCAGGAAGAAAGCCGGCAGCUUCUCCCGCCGCCUCAUCAAGCGCUUCUCCUUCAAGUCUAAAUCCAAACCCAAAGCUAGCGACAGCACAACAGCAGACCAGCUGCUGUGGCUGAAGUUGAAGAGAACGGAAAAAGGCGAACCGGCUGAAGAGGGAAGCGAAGUGGAUCCAACUGGAAACUGCCUCCGUCUGCAGAAUAGAGAAACCCUGCCUGUUUGAGUGAGGAACGAUCCCAAGUAAUAGUCCUCGGCAGACUACAUCACUAACGUAUAACACAGGAUGGAUGACAGUCGAGUAACUGGAGCUACAGAACAGGAAGGGAGAGAGCAAGCGAGAGGGAGAGAGAAGCGUCCGAACUGUACAUUUCUCCAGGCGGCGCCAACAGCGGGAGCUGCGUUUCCCAUGCUCUGCCAGCGAGCAGGUGUGCAAGAAGCUGGGAGGGAGCACAGCCAGGACAGCUGACCUGAACUAGCCAAAGGGAUAUUCUGUACCAUGGAACGUCAUGCCCAGUAUAUAAACUGGGGGGAGUUGGCCGGAUCGCUGCUCUGGCAUCGGAGCUGACCAUUCACCGCAGGACGGACAAAUGCCGCUCCAGUAAUGACUUCUGAGGUGUCCGAGGGGAAGAGGGAGCGUACAGGCACUGAGCCCCGUAGCAGACUCAGUCCCAGGAGUUACAUGCGUUCAUUAAUAAAUGAUUGCUUUCUUUUUGCACUCACGGCUGUGCCUGCAGGCUCUUUGCGCUUGGGAAGAGGCUGUCGCAGAGUCCAGGGAAUGAGUUUACAUGUCUUGGGGGCUGGCUGACAGCCCCCUGUUUUGGAUGGGCUGCAGCUGUGGGCCAGGGCUGGGUUAGCCCCAGGUGCAGUCAGUGAGGCUGAUGAGGGUGGGGAUGGCCUCUCAGCUCGCAGUGUGGCUCCUGGAGAGGUGGAGGUGGUGGUUGAGCUGCCUGGUGCGGCUGGCGUGGAACAACGGAGGAGUCGCUGGGACUACAGUUGCGCUCCUGGAGAAGGUGACAGCAGCCUUCUCGGCCCAUCCGCAUCCGGAGCGACGUUCCUCUUCGGAUGGAAAGGUCCGUUCCAAGCACUGUUAACGACAAUGCGGACGGCGGCGAACGUGGAAGGAACGGAAGCCUGGAUACGCGCGGCACUUUGUAAAAGCAGCAACAUUGUCGCGACAGGAACUGGCCCCGAGCCGGAAGCGGAGAACGGCAUGAAGCAGACAGAUUCCCCCAAGGUCAAAUACGGAUUGGGAAACAGUAGAGUGUGCACCUCUCAAAAGACUAGGAUGCCUGUGGAGUGGAUACGUAAUCGGACAGAGCAGUGGAUGACAGCUGAUAUCGCCAUAGUCGACGCCGCUCCGGGAGCGCCUCAUCGGAUGCUGUCUAAGAGGACCCCCUUUGGCCUGGUCUCUUUCCAAUCGCACCUCUCCUAAGAUCCCCGUUCCCCAGAGCGGUCUUUUCCUUCUCUACGCCAUCUAGGAUGCCUACAGAGACCCUCCUUGUGCCCUGCAGCGUUUUUGUAGUGCUCUACCUCCCUUUCCAUCUUUCUCAUCUCCCGGCUCACACCUAUCUUUUCUCUGCAAUCUAGGGUGUAUCCAUUCGGUUCCCCUCUCGCUCACGGCAUCCUCGAGCCUUUCUUUUCCCCCUACAGCUCCCUCCAUAACUCCUUUACUCUCUACGGCGAUGUCUUUUGAGUCCUUUCUCGUACUCCAUGGCGCGCUCUGAGCGUUUUGGCUCCCUUUCGAUUUCUCUGGUUCCCUCAGAGCUUUCCGUCGUCCCUCCGAGCCUCUCGUGACCCCCCUCUGCUCCCGUAGAGAGCUUUCUAUUGCUUUCGUAGUCUUCCCAGCAGGGCGAUUUUAGUUUUGCUACGCGUGGAAUCGUCUAUUUUUUUGGACACGUCUCCCGUGGCGUUUUUUGUUGCCUUUUGUCAUUUAUUUUUGUUCUGGCUGCUUAGGCGUUAAGUGGGCUGUUUUGGACCAUUUCCAAUGCUCUUCUCAUCUUUCUGCACUUUUUGGGCGUUUUCUGUUCUUUGGGACUUGUCUCAUUCCAUUACGGGAGUCAGUCGGAGACGCUGUCGAGGAGUCUCGGUGACUCGGCGUCGUUGGCGAAUCUAGACGAUUCGUAACGGUGGAGCGUUUGGGUUUUUGCUAGGAAUCUCAAGCACACCUUUUCUGCUAUUAAAGUUGUUCUUCCUUUCAACAAACUAUUCUCCCACGUAGAUUAGGUUAUUUCUAUCUGUUUAAAUAAAGACUCGCGUUCAUUCCCAUAAAAAUACG